UAUUGUAGUUUGAUCUCAUAUCACAUGUAUGGUUUGCUGCUAGCUCUGCUUUCUUCUAAAACCCUUAAACCCUAGAGCUGUAUGUUCAAUGUCCCCUGGGUUUUAGCUUCUUAAUAAUCGCAAUUCAUAAUCCUCAAUUCUACACUUGUAGAGUUUUUUCUUUCCUUUUUUUGGGUCUUUUUACUAUCAUGUUUUUGAGAAUCGAAUCGAACUCAGUCACCUCGCAGUCACGACUUAAUCUUCCUCAACAUCUCACCUAAUAAUUGUCUCUCAGUCUCUCCACAUCCAUAAUUCUUCAAGCUGUGCUGCAUCGUCUUUCACUUUGUUCUGACACACUAAGCCUUGCAUUUUCUAGUCACUCCUAGCCACCUCCGUCGCACCUAUUCCUUCUUGCUGUUGCUCGUCUGGGUUCGAGUUGAGACGAGACAGAUCUGUCUCCGCAUAGCUUUUAUACACUUGUAGAAAUGGCUUUGUCUAGAAGUGCAAAGCGUCCCCUUCAAAUAAUGCUAAGUACCAGGCAUGGCUUCUCUGGGAAAAAUUAUUCUACUUCGACAUGCAAAGCAGUGUCCACUACCAUUUCUCAACUUUCAGACACCAAAACGCCAUCAGAAUCUGCUUUUGGGAUGUUUUUCCGGCGAUUCAGCAGUCAAGCUCCUGUAGCACAAGAGCAAAUGAGUCUCAUUAAGCAAUUGAGAGAACGGACGAGUGCUCCCAUCAAGGAUGUCAAGGCUGCUCUCGUUGAUUGCAAUUGGGACAUUGAGGAGGCACAAAAGGAUUUGAGGAAGAGAGGGAAGGUUUUGGCCUCGAAAAAGUCUGGCCGAACUGCUGCUGAGGGAUUAAUUGCAUUGGCACAGGAUGAGGGGAGGGCUGCACUUAUUGAGCUUAAUUGUGAGACUGACUUUGUUGCCAGAAAUGAAAUAUUCCAGUACUUGGCUCUAUCUUUAGCUAAGCAAGCCUUGCUGAUUGAUAAUAGUUCUCAUAAGAUUUCUGGCAUCCAUCCUGUUGGACCUGAGUGUUUGGAGGAGUUGAAGUUAAAUCUUGAACAUCCCAGAAUAAGUGGAGAAACAACUGUUCAAAAUGCAAUUACAGAAAUAGCUGCAAUGAUGGGUGAGAAUGUGAGACUCAGAAGGGGUGUUAUUAUGUCUACAUCUUCACCUGCAGUUAUUUCCACCUAUCUCCAUACAAGUCCUCAACCAGGUUUGGGUCGUAUUGCUGGACUUUUAUCUCUUGAAAUAGAGGAUGGAAAUUCCCAGUUGGAGGCUCUCCAGCAUGUUGGUUCAGAACUGGCAAUGCAUGUGGUGGCAGCAAAGCCAUUGUUCUUGACCAAGGAGCUUGUGUCCUCUAAUGCAUUAGAAAGUGAACGUGAAAUUCUCAAGUCUCAGGCGGAAAGCUCAGGAAAGUCUCAGAUGGCAAUAGAGAAAAUGGUGGAAGGUCGUUUGCGUAAAUACUACGAGGAAGUUGUUCUACUGGAGCAAAAGUUUAUAAUGAAUGAUACUAUAAAUGUAAAGAUGCUGUUAAACAAUCUGUCCAAGGAAGUGGGUUCACCUGUGAAGGUAGGGAACUUCUUCAGAAUGGAAGUUGGAGAAGGAAUUCAAAGGCUAGAGGCAUCUGGUGCAGAUGAACCUAUGGCUCAGGCUGCUUAAUUUUAUGUAAUUGUCAACUCAUUUGGUAGACAUUAGUAUUAACAAUGUCAAUUUCGAGUAUGAGGUUGAUGGGCAUAUUUUGGGUUUUUAUCAUUUGAUGAGAGACUCUUCAUGCAAUAAAAAAUUGUUGUUGCUGCAGUGCCGAAAUGGUAGAUUCUGAGCCUUGAUAUCAUCCUGGGACUGUGAAAUGCUUUUUCUAUUUUAUUACUGCAUAAUAAAUUCUUGAAGAGUAGUAGGAUACUGUUUUGCUAUUUUUUGAUAAUUUUGUGGAAGAGAAGUGGCAGAAUAACACUCGCCUACAUGCUUGUAUUCUCUAUUCUAUAAACAUUUUUGGUUGGGUA